AUGGCUGUAGGAAGGAACAACACAAUUGUGACAAAAUUCAUUCUCCUGGGACUUUCAGACCAUCCUCAAAUGAAGAUUUUUCUUUUUGUGUUAUUUCUGGGGCUCUACCUCCUGACAUUGGCCUGGAACUUAAGCCUCAUUGCCCUCAUUAAGAUGGACUCUCACCUGCACACGCCCAUGUACUUCUUCCUCAGUAACCUGUCCUUCCUGGACAUCUGCUACGUGUCCUCCAGUGCCCCCAAGAUGCUGUCUGACAUCAUCACAGAGCAGAAAACCAUUUCCUUUGUUGGCUGUGCCACUCAGUACUUUGUCUUCUGUGGGAUGGGGCUGACUGAAUGCUUUCUCCUGGCAGCUAUGGCCUAUGACCGGUAUGCUGCAAUCUGCAACCCCUUGCUUUACACAGUCCUUAUAUCCCACACACUUUGUUUAAAGAUGGUGGUUGGCGCCUAUGUGGGUGGAUUCCUUAGUUCUUUCAUUGAAACAUACUCUGUGUAUCAGCAUGAUUUCUGUGGGCCCAAUAUGAUCAACCACUUUUUCUGUGACCUCCCUCCAGUCCUGGCUCUGUCCUGCUCUGAUACCUUCACCAGCGAGGUGGUGACCUUCAUAGUCAGUGUUGUCGUUGGAAUAGUGUCUGUGCUGGUGGUCCUCAUCUCUUAUGGUUACAUUGUUGCCGCUGUUGUGAAGAUCAGCUCAGCUACAGGUAGGACAAAGACCUUCAGCACUUGUACCUCUCACCUGACUGCUGUGACCCUCUUCUAUGGUUCUGGAUUCUUCAUGUACAUGCGACCCAGUUCCAGCUACUCCCUAAACAGGGACAAGGUGGUGUCCAUAUUCUAUGCCUUGGUGAUCCCCACAGUCAAUCCCAUCAUCUACAGUUUUAGGAAUAAGGAGAUUAAAAAUGCCAUGAGGAAAGCCAUGGGAAGAGACCCCAGGAUUUCUCACGGUGGACCAUUCAUUUUUAUGACCUUGGGCUAA